UUGGUUGACAAAGACAACCGUGUGAUUAAACGUCAUUACAAGGAAAUAAUCGGAGAUCACAAAGAAGAGAGAAUACAACGUAAAGUUAUGGCGUUUGAAGAUGUCUGGAAGAAAAUCUCCUGGUUGUAUUACCAGUAUAUUCUCGUCACAGCUUUAUACAUGUUGGAACCUUGGGAGAGAGCAAUCUUCAACUCCAUCCUGGUAUCUGUAGCAGGGAUGGCUGUGUACACUGGCUAUGUGUUCAUGCCUCAGCACAUCAUGGCCAUACUACACUACUUUGAGAUGGUUCAGUGACACAAAUUUACCCACGCCUGGAUGUGCCUGUGACUGCUGUCACCAUGGAAUUAGAAUGAAUUCUCAUUUUAAUUCUAUGGCUGUCACCUGGACCUAGAGGACAGACAGGGGGAGAGAGAGAGAAAGAGGAUCUCAUUCCAUUCCCUGGAACUAUUUUUUAUCUGUGCUCAUCAUCAUGGAAACAUCAACAGUGUUGUUGGACAAGGUGGGGGGUGGAGGAGUACAGAGAGGAGUGCAGCGGCACGUCUGAUGUUCUAGGACAUUAAACCAUUGUUGCCUUACUGAGUUGCUUUGCAGUUUGCACAGAUAUCCUUGUUAUUAUUCACUGUACCUUUUUAUAAAUCGCCUUUUAUUACAUUCUAAAUCCCUCCUGCAAUUGUGAUUAUUAUUUUUAUUUUUUUUCUCUCCCCCGUAUGGCAUAUUUUCUCUCUUAUGCGUAUAUACGAUUUUAUGAGAUUUAUAUACAUAUCUGUAACAUUUUCUAUUUCAAAUGUUGGUUAGCAAAAAUGUUAUAUUUGUUAUGAAACUAACUGAGCGGCCUCAGGCUGGAAAGCCAUGUUUUGGGGGCAUUGCGGAAGCUAACUGUGAUAUCUUUCCUUUAAUAUAUGUAAGAAAAAUUAACAAAUGUCUGUAUUCUGAGUCCUGAAUCCAAAAUAACACAACAACAGCUCCCAGUGUGGCAGCCCCCCCCCACCUCUCCAAAACGUGUGUGUGUCUUUUGGAGGGGAUGGGUUAAAAGCAGAAGUCCCAUUUCAGUUGGUCCAUGUGUGCAAUUGACCAAUAAACUGAUCUUAAUCUUAAAUUGACAUAGUGUAAGUCAAUAUAUUAUUAAAAUAAAGAUUUAGCGUUGUCACAAA